CAUCGUCGUCAGCGAGCGAGCGAACGAACGAGCGUGCAGGUUCUGUAGCGUAUCCAAGCAAGCCCAGAAAGUGUGCGAACCUUUUAGCCAGAGGGUCUUGAUUCUGUUCUCUUGUAAUCUGCGAAGUGAAGUGAAGCAUUUCCCAGGACUCAGCCAGAACAGCCAGACCACCUGCAGGGCGUCUGGAUAAAGGUGGCGGGCUAGCAUAAAACCGACCGACCGGUCGGUGGCUGCCGGUGUUUUGCAACGACCGAAGAGUGCAUCUAGCAGGCGGUGAGGUGAAAUCGAAAAGCAAAAAGGAAAGCAACAACAACAAACCACCAACCAACGGUGCAACGAUGCAGCAACAGCAACCACGCUUUCUGUGAAUGCUCUGGUAGUGUUUGUAGUGUUGCGUACGUGUGCUUCACAGGGAACCCCGUACGUGUGCCCCAGUGUUUGUGUGUUUUACGUGCGCGUUUGUGUGCAACGCUGCUGCAGGUGGUUCCUCUAAUCCCUCUUUCCGGGAAAACCGAUUUCAGUAGGCUACGUUCGGGUACGGAGAGUUUUCCCAUUCCCCCCACCCCGGCAAAAGGUGCUUACUACCAGUGUCUGUCCCUCGGUCUGUGUCUGUGUCGUGUUUGUGUUACAUUUGGCGCGCGCGUUUAUUUUUGCACGAAAAUUAUCGGAUCCCCCGGUCGGUCGCUCGGUCUCGGUGGAAAGCAAAACGGUGUGAGCGAUGUACGAAUUCGAUAAAAUGGUAAAUCGGGUGGUGUACGUGAGCAUCGCCCUGGUGGCGCUAGUGUCACUCCUCUUCACAGACACCGCCAGCGCACUGCCGCCUGGUGACAGUGCGGCAACAGAAAUGACGGCGGCAGCGGAUUCAAACAGCGACCGAGCUUUCGAAGCGCUCAGCGUCGACGAGCAGGUGCGGCUGCUGGCGAAGCAGCUGAACGCUCUGACCUAUCAGCGGCGCGAGGACUACAAGAUGCUCGAGGGAAGCCUCAAGAAGUACGUGCGCAAGAACGCGGCCGAACUCACCGAUGGCCAGAUACGCGAGGAGCUCGAUCAGCUAAGGGCGGAUGUAAACGGGCUACGCGAGCACGGUUCGGCAAGCAAGGAACGCCUCACGGUGCAGUGGCUGUCACAAUCGAUGGCCGAGCUUCGGUCGGAGCUGGCCGAGCUACAGCAAACGGUAGGCGGCGGUACCGGUGGACCCUCGAAGGAGGCCCAGUUCCGUAACCAGCUGCUCGAGGAUCUUGGUGCCCUGCGGAGUGAACUCGGUAGCGCGCGGCUCGAACUCGAAGCCCUUCGGUCACGCCAGGAAAAGACCGAGGUGCUGGUAAGGGAGCUGCAAGAGGAAGCAGUCCAAAGUGCGGAUGAUCUAAGGCGCAGUUUGAAUCUACAGCACCACCAGCACCACUCUCACCAUCAGCACCAGCAGGACGACGCAGAAAACAAGCACACGGAAACCGAAUCUGCCGCCAGUACGGAGGAUGCAAUCACUGGGCCAGCCCAGCUACCACCCACCAUCGAUUUUGUAGAACCGGAGGCCGACCAUCGGAUGCGGCACCAGCGCUUCAUCCGCCAGCAACUUCACGAACUGGAGGUGAAGCAAUCGGUUCUGAAGCGCCAAGUAAACGAACUGCACGGCCACCGCUUGGCGGAUCGGUUGCGUAGCGUCGAGAUCGAACAGCGCCGUCUGGCCAGCGCUGGGUUCAACGUUAGCCGCCAAGUGGCUUCACUGGACAAGCUGCACGGAUCGAUGCUCGAGCUGCUCGAGGACGUCGAAGCGAUGCAGACAAAGUUCGACAAAACGGUACCGGAUCUGAGGCGCGAAAUUGCCAAGGUCGAGUACAGUGUGGCGCAGGUCGUAUCGGAGCAGGGCCUGGUGCGUGAGGAAGUCCACAACACGGCUCGUAGCGUCCAGGCGAUGGCAGUGAGCGUGAGUGCGCUGCAGGAGGAACGUAGCACCGUCCGUCAGUUGCAGACCGAGCUACGAGCGUUGAAGGAGGAUGUAGCGCGUGUCCGUUCGGCCACCCAGCUACACCGUGAGAUGGCACACAACCGGAUCGAGAAGCUCGAAGCUGACUCGAAACCCGCCGAAGGGAACGCUACCGGUCCGCACCAUCACCUGACCGAGCUGGAGCGUACGACGAAGCUGGUGCAGCAACUGGAAACGGUGCAGGCGGAGUACGAAUCGAUCAUCAACAAGCUACCGCGGGACUGUAGCCAGAUCGAGCGGCUGCGAGGUGCCGGCCAAUCGGAUCAGGCCGGUGACGGUGGCCUGUACCUGAUCGCCCCAGCCGAACAGCACCAUCCGCUGAUGACGCAGUGUUUCGGUGAAUGGACGACGGUACAGCGGCGCCAGGAUGGUUCGGUCGAUUUUAACCGUUCGUGGGAAGACUACGCCCAGGGUUUCGGAACGCCGGCCGGCGAGUUCUGGAUCGGCAACGAACCGCUCCAUCACCUGACGCAGGACAAUUGCUCCCGGUUGCGUAUCAUCAUGCAGGACAUCUACGAUAACACCUGGCAUGCCGACUAUGCCACGUUCCGUAUCGGUUCCCGUGAAGCUGGCUUCCGGCUCGAGCUGGGCGGUUACAGUGGUAACGCGUCGGAUGCGUUCGAGUACCAGAACCGGAUGCAGUUUUCCGCCAUCGACGUUGAUCGGGACAUUUCGAACACGCACUGUGCUGGGAACUACGAGGGUGGCUGGUGGUUCUCGCACUGCCAGCAUGCCAACCUGAACGGCCGGUACAACCUGGGGCUCACCUGGUUCGAUGCGUCGCGCAACGAAUGGAUCGCGGUCAAGUCGAGCCACAUGAUGAUUGCCCGACGGUCCGACUGUGGACCGGUGGAGGGCACCACCACCACCACCACGACCACGACGACGACAGCGAGGGCGACAACAAGCGGGAUCACGACGACGGCAAUACCGGGUACGACCGUCCGGAGUCUUGUGCCAGGAAGUGUUCGACGAAAUCAGCACCACGACGAUACCACAAUUCGACCCUUAAUGAUGGCCUAAGUUUCUACAAGUCUCACCUGUCCCAUCUGCGGGCCACAAACUAAUUGAUUGUGGCCUCUCUGUCUCUCUUCUCCCUCCCUGUCUCCCACGGGCCCAAGGAUUACUUCGCUGAUUGGGCGGUGACCGCGCCGCCGCCGUCAUUUGUGGCAUUCAUCAACGUCAACUGUGGGCCAAUGUUUUGCAUUUUCCAAACGAACGGAACGAGGAAAACAAAUAUGAUUUCCAUAACCUUUUCUUCACCGGAAGGUGAAGGCAAAGGCCGCAAAGGAUCCCUGCGGUCGGCUAGGUUUACCGUGCAGCGGGUGGUACAUUGAUUUGAUUGACAGCCGAGCGCGAACCAACCAAGUGUUUAGAUUGUUUUCGCAUUUCGUUUUUCGUCUUCCUUUUUUUUUGGGCCCAACGGAAGUGAGCUUUAGGCCACUUCCUUUCUUUCGCUCCGUAGCAUCAGCCUAUCUGGUUCUCUCUCUGCACGGAGAGUGUAACAGCAACAUCAGGCACCAAGUUACGCAAAGUAUUAUUCCAGAAGACUACAAGAAGGAAAGGAAAACAAGAGAAAGAGGAAGGAAAAGCACAGGAAAACGGCCGCGUGGCACAUCGUUUGCCACCACCUGCCGUGGUUUUGGCUCGGAAAGCAUUAAAAGUUGCAGAGCCAGCCCACCAGCCAGCCAGCCGGCCGGCCAAGUGACGUGCGGGCUCAUUUAUUACAUUUUCCUCCAUUUUUCGCACCUCGAGCAGUGUCUGCGCGCUCUCUCUCUCUCCCUCUCGGUCAUCGAUCCUCCAGCUUUCAGCUUCUAUUUUGCUGCACCAUUCCGGGAGAUGCUGCCCAGCUUCCUCCAUUCUGCUGAUCCGGAAGCCGGCAUAUGCUUCCAUCCGGUCAUUGGCAGUGUGGUCGCUUCCUCCCAAAAAAAAACACGAGGUGUUGAAAGCCAAACACAUCGUCUUUACCAGUCUAAGAGAUACUCGGUCGUACCACGGUAAGCGUACCGGCGGCAAUAACUCAGGCCUGGCAGGCUGGCAGGCUGGUUGGCUAGGUUCUCGCGUUUGUCGUUGGACGCUGGAAUAAUAGUUUCAUUUCUGGCUAGUGAGCUGGUGUAAUCCAAAACCCGUUUUUCCGGCUGCUUGAUUUAUGAAAUUGUCGCUCUUCGUCGUCUCUUCCUUUUGCUAUCUUUCUCCUCUCUCGAAUGGCCGAAUGGCGUCGAUAACAGCUGCUGCUGCUGGUGGUGCUGUGAGCGCCCGUGGAUCGAGUCGGGAUCUGUGUAGUGGCCGGAUGUGCGUCGGUCUUAUCUCGCCCAAAUUUGCCUCCUAUAAGCCCUGAGUGAGACCUCGGUAAGGUUGAUGUCAGGCAGCAGGAUACCAAAGAUUUUAUUACUUCACCGCUUCACUCUCCCUGUCUCCUUCCCUACUCUUUUUUGCUCUCAUUUGGCCGCCUUAAAUCGAGCAAACGAAUCAAAUCAGCUUGCAAAGCAUCCGGACGACCCGUGGGAGGGGUAUUGUUGGGACAAUUUACCGUUAUCUUUACCGCUAAGCUCCGCAAAACCCACAAUCGAAUACAUCUUCGUCGCCCAUACGUCAUGAUCAACUAUAUUAGUCCAACUAGAGCCAACUCCACACGGGUGGAGUCUGAGCUCAUCUUGCACACUCGCUCCCCCCUUCCAUUCGGUUACGUCAUCGACAGUUAAAGGGCUCUGGCGUAAGGUGUGAGUGUAUAUAAGAACAGACAUCCUCGACUUGCAAGGUACAGAAUGAUGUGUUCUUGAUUGAAGAAGCUGGAACAGAAUGGACAUUGUUAUGAGCUGCUGAUGAUGAGGACACGAAGUCGAAGCAAAAGGAAAACACUUCCUAUACCAUCCAUUACAAUCCAUAACCCCUCGAUAGCAUUAAGCCAAAAAACCAUACGCACUCUCUCUCUCUUUCUAUUUCUCUCUCUCUCUCGUUCACCCUCUCUGUCGCUGUACGACUGAGAUGAUCGCUUUUGCGUUCUGUUUGCCGAUCAUAAAUGUACAAUUCCCACGUCAUCAUCGUUGGUUGUCGAUAGAUUUCAAUAAAUGGCGACGCAGCGUCGUCAUGGUGACCACGUGGCUUGGCAUCUGCGCAAGUGAAAAAAAAAUACUGAAAACACAAAAAAGGAACAAGCUACGAUGACGACGGCGAGGACGAAUAAAUGAGUUUAAGUUAUAUAUUGCGAUUGCGCUUAGGAUUAAGCAGAGGAUUGAGAGAGAGAGAGUGAAGAGAAAAAAAAACUUUGUAUAUAAUGCCUACCUUUUAGUGUGCGUGCGUGUGUGAGUGUUGGUGUGCGUGUGCAUGCCCUCCCGCGUGUUAAUCCGCAUUGGAUUGGUUGUAUUCCGCCCGCGCGCGCUUCCCCGACGCAUCAAAUAGUCAAAUGUAGUAUGUAAAUGCUAAGAAUACCACCCGAACACCCCCCCUCCGCCCCCUCAAAAAACCCAGCCCCACCUUUAGCGCGCGAUUGAAUGUGUUUCAAACCGUGGUUCCCGCCUUCCUCGAAAUUAGCAAAACACAUACACAGAUACGCAGAGAACAAAACCAAAAAUGAUUAGCGACAUAUCCCGUGGUAAUGGCGGCUGCUGGGCUGUAUGGUGGCGAUCGCGAUGAGUAAUGUUUUAAUGUUUAUGUUUUAAAAAGAGCAAAAAGCCCCGUUCCCGAUUUGAGGACACCGUUUGAAUUCGCGCAGCAGCAGUAGCAGCAGCAGCAGCAGAGCUCUCUAUUAUAGGAUCAAUGUAAGGCAGGAAAAACAGUGAAGGAAACAAACUUCCAAACUCAAAUACACGUUAAAAUGAGUUGAGGAUGGUUUGAUGUGGUGUGCGUAGAGGAGG